ACAUUACUCUUUCGUACUCUUUCGCAAUCUUAGAGACUCGCGUCACUUACCUCUCAACGCUGAAAUUGACCAUGACCUCGCGAACGCAUCCCACGUUGAUUAAACCACCACCUCCAUCGGAAGACAAGGCGCCUAUCGAAGACGUACUCGAACUCACACAUCUCAAUGACAUCGAAGCCAACAUGUUUACCAACACUAGACCACUAUGGCAUCCCCCGGGAGCUCGCGGCAUUUACGGUGGAGCUGUAAUCGCACAAUGCCUGGCAGCGGCUCAGAAGACCGUUCCCGAGAACUUCUUGGUGCAUAGCAUGCACUGCUACUUCGUAUUAAACGGCAACAGCGAGAUUCCAAUCAUAUAUCACGUUGAGCAUGUGCGCGAAGGACGGAGUUUCGCAACGAGAACAGUCCAGGCGCGACAGCGCGGGCAGCCAAUUUUCACAACCACCUUAUCCUUCAUGAGGGAGGGCUCUGGAGGAAAGCAGACUGUGCAGCAUCAGGCCGACAUGCCAGACAUUCCGCCACCUAUGGACAUUGAGCCGAUCGAUCAUUUCAGAGGCGCAAAGAGUCCUUUCGUAACACAGAGAGUGGACAUCAGCAAUAAUGACUCACCGUACCCACAUCUUAAGAGAACAAGGCAAUGGAUCAAAUGUCGAGGGAAGAUCAGCGAGGAAGGAGGGACACAGGCGCAUUUAAGUGCUCUGGCGUACAUGUCAGAUUCGUACUUCAUUGGAACUGUGGCUCGAGUUCACAAGCUUUGGCGAUACACGAGUGCGCUGAAGAGUAACGAAAAGAUCAAGAACGGCGAGGACAAUAGCGGGAAGGGACUGAUUACGCAAGAUAUAUUUGAGCGACUGAAGAAGAUGGAUCUGGAGACGUUGAAGAGAGUGGAAGGCAUGGAUGAUGACAUGAUCAAUCAGCUCCAGAGUUUGGAGAUCAAGGAUGGGAAAAUAGUUGGCUUGAAAGAAAAGAGACCGGAGGUGGGCAUGAUGGUCUCUCUGGACCACAGCAUAUAUUUCCAUAAUCCGAGGGGAUUCCGCGCAGACGACUGGCUAUGCGCAGAAGCAGAGACUCCGUGGGCGGGCGAUGGACGAGGCUUCGUCUUGCAGAGAAUAUUCUCGAAAGACGGCAGGCUGGUGGCAUCGUGCGUACAAGAGGGUGUGGUGAGGCUCAAGCAGGAGCAGAACGCGCCAGGCUCGAAGCUAUAGUGUGGUGUUGACUAGAUUUCCUGAGAGGGCUGCUGUCAUAUAUUGUUCAUUCAGCGAGCGUCUGUCUAGACAUAGGGCGUAGUAUUAUAGACGGCAGGGCAGAGUGCUGCGUGGUGAGAGCUGGUGGAUCUCUCAGGUACAGAACCAUUGGUGGCGGCUCAUGCAGCCGAAAUGCGGGCUUCUCCACAGUGUCCGCCGGCAUGGGUCUAUGCCGGUAGUAAGACCCCUCCAUUUUAUUAAUUUAUUCGACUCAUACGGCGCCUGUUGACUCUUGCGCCGCACAAAGCGAGACACGGCGCUGUGAACUUCUUCCCUA